UCUAUCUGGAGCUGGAAGCUGUACAGUUGACAUGGACUUGGCUGGAGGUCCCGCAGAUUCAGUACAGAGAGCCCCGUAAUACUGGGAAUCGCGAAGCUCAUCGGCCUUUCCGAACACAGCAUUAUAUAUUCGGGAUUCGCUAUUCGCAACGUCAGCUUGUUACCCAGAGGAAUCCGAGGAUGGAGCUGAAUUCUCUGUUGAUCCUCCUGGAAGCGGCGCAGUAUCUAGAGAGGAGAGACCGAGAAGCGGAGCACGGCUACGCGUCCGUUUUGCCGUACGACGGCGACUUCCCCGGGAAGAAAGCGAAGGCUUCGCCCCUGUUGAGGAAGACCCAGAGCACUAGGUCGUCACACAAUGAGCUGGAGAAGCACAGACGAGCCAAGCUGCGGCUGUACCUGGAGGAGCUGAAGCAGCAGGUGCCCCUGGGCCCAGACAGCAGCAGGCACACCACGCUGAGCCUGCUUAAGAAGGCCCGGGUGCACAUCAAGAAGCUGGAAGAGCAGGACCGCAAGGCUGUGAAUGUGAAAGAGGCCCUUCAACGCGAGCACCGCUACCUCAAACGACGCCUGGAGCAGCUCUCUGUUUCCGGCCUGGAGCGCGUCCGCACCGACAGCAUGGGCUCCACCAUCUCCACAGACUCCGAGCAAGAGGUGGACAUCGAGGGCCUGGAGUUUGCACCGGCUGAGCUGGACAGUGUGGACAGCGUGAGCGAUGGAGAUGAUCGCUACGGCUCCAGGGACGGCAGCUACACACAUCCUCACAGACUGCAGCGCUGCCUCUGACGGCCCCCACAUUGCCCGGACCCUGCCCCCAUCAGGCCUGUCUGCGAAACAUCAUUCCUCCAGCCCAGACUGCCUAGACCAGCACCUUCCUGGCCCCUGCUGCUCGGCGCACUCCCAUGUGAGGCCCGCGACCCCCUCACUGCGUGCCAUGGACUCCUGCAGCUUCCAGUAGGAAAGCAGCUCACAGCUUAUUCACUGCAGUGUAUGGGUUUGAGUAGCUGGAGAGGACCAUGUGUGCAUGUAUGUAUGUGUGUGUGUGUGUGUGUGUGUGUGUGUGAGUGCGCUUUACAGUAUAAAACUCCAAAUGUAUUUGGUAAGAUGACAGUGGACAGACCUGAUGUCAGACCAGACUGAUAAAGGUCUUUGAGCGACUCCAGUCUGUCAGUAAGGUGCUGACUUUCGCCUGACCCAGAUGACAAGAGUGUGUCAUUAGAAAUGGUCACAUGACGCUCAACUGACCCAAACAUUCCAACUGUAGCUUUAACUGGAGCUUAUAAACAAAAAUGGUGCACCUGAACUGAGGCAGCUCUACUUGCUACCCAGGAUGGAAACAAAUGUCCAGCUGUAGCCUGAUGUAGCAUUAAUAAGACAGACAGGUGGGGGAAGUCUGGCUGGGGAACACAAGCAGUGCCCCCCCUGUCUGAGAUCCACCCUGAGCAGCACAGGCGUCUGUGGCGUGACUCCUGGCAGAGAUUAACUCAGGCCUAGAUGUGGGUUGUGUGUGUGUAUCUGCAUUUGCCUGUGUGUGUGCGCCUGUAUCUGUGUGUGUUUGCCUGUAUGUAUGUGUUGUGUGUGUGUGUAUAUGUGUGUUUGCCUGUAUGUGUGUGUUGUGUGUGU